UUCCCCGCCGCCCUCCCCAUCCCUCCCCGCCGCCUUUGCCGCCGGCCCUGCUGCAUUGUGGUCCGGCCCGGCCGGUGUCGGCGGAGGCAAAGCUGCCAAGAGCAGCAGCAGCAGCAGCAGCAGAAGCAGAAGCGGCAGGAGCAGCGAAGAUGGCAGAGAAGCCUCCGCCGCCGCAGAAGCACGACGGGCGCGUCAAGAUCGGGCACUACGUUUUGGGGGACACGCUGGGCGUCGGCACCUUCGGCAAAGUCAAGAUUGGUGAACAUCAGCUCACAGGACAUAAAGUAGCAGUUAAAAUUUUGAAUCGGCAAAAAAUUCGUAGUUUGGAUGUGGUUGGAAAGAUCAAACGAGAAAUUCAAAACUUAAAGCUUUUCCGGCACCCCCAUAUUAUCAAACUGUACCAGGUCAUCAGCACGCCAACGGAUUUUUUCAUGGUAAUGGAAUAUGUGUCCGGUGGAGAAUUAUUUGAUUACAUCUGUAAACACGGACGUGUGGAAGAGACUGAAGCCAGGCGUCUUUUCCAGCAAAUUCUGUCAGCUGUGGAUUACUGUCAUCGGCACAUGGUGGUUCACAGAGAUCUGAAACCAGAGAAUGUGCUGCUGGAUGCACACAUGAAUGCCAAGAUAGCUGAUUUUGGUUUGUCCAACAUGAUGUCUGAUGGUGAAUUCCUCCGUACCAGCUGUGGCUCACCCAACUAUGCAGCACCAGAAGUCAUCUCUGGAAGGUUGUAUGCUGGUCCAGAGGUUGAUAUUUGGAGCUGUGGCGUUAUUCUCUAUGCUCUUCUCUGUGGGACCCUUCCUUUUGAUGACGACCACGUUCCAACCCUCUUUAAAAAAAUCCGUGGAGGUGUCUUCUACAUUCCUGAAUACCUCAACCGUGCGGUCGCCACUCUACUGAUGCAUAUGUUGCAGGUUGACCCACUCAAAAGAGCAACCAUAAAGGAUAUGCGAGAAAAUGAGUGGUUCAAGCAAGAUCUGCCCAAUUACUUGUUUCCUGAAGACCCUUCCUAUGAUGCCAAUGUCAUUGAUGAUGAUGCUGUGCGGGAGGUUUGUGAGAAAUUUGAAUGCACUGAAUCUGAGGUGAUGGCAAGCCUAUACAGUGGAGAUCCUCAAGAUCAACUUGCAGUCGCUUAUCACCUUAUUAUUGACAAUCGGAGAAUCAUGAACCAAGCCAGUGAAUUCUACCUCGCUUCUAGCCCUCCUUCUGGCUCUUUUAUGGAUGACUCUAUGCACAUCCCUCCAGGAGUAAAACCUCACCCAGAGCGGAUGCCUCCAUUGGUAGCAGAUAGUCCCAAAGCAAAGUGUCCCCUGGAUGCACUGAAUACCACAAAGCCAAAACCACUGACUGUGAAAAAGGCCAAGUGGCAUUUAGGGAUACGGAGUCAAAGCAAGCCUUAUGAUAUCAUGGCUGAAGUCUACCGUGCUAUGAAACAACUGGAGUUUGAAUGGAAGGUGGUGAAUGCUUAUCAUCUUAGAGUUCGUAGAAAGAAUCCAGUGACGGGGAAUUUUGUAAAAAUGAGUUUGCAGCUGUAUCAGGUUGACAAUCGCAGCUAUCUGCUGGACUUUAAAAGUAUUGAUGAUGAUGUCAUGGAACAAAGAUCAGGCUCUUCCACUCCUCAGCGCUCAUGCUCUGCAGCUCGAUUGCACAGACCAAGACUGAGUUUUGAUUCUGCCACUGCUGACUACCAACCACUUUCGGGGUCUCUCACUGGCUCCUUCACAGGUAGCAUGCCCUCUGUUACACCACGUCUUGGCAGCCACACCAUGGAUUUCUUUGAAAUGUGUGCCAGUCUCAUCAUGGCACUUGCACGCUGACAGGUUUCUUUAGGAAGCUUGAUUUUCUUGGUCAGGCACAGCCAUUUUGAAAUCUGCACAGAAAGGAUACGUUGGGGACUUGUGACAAUGAAAUUCUCAGUCAGAAAGUAGAAAGUUCCCUUUUUGCAGACACACUAUUUUGUGUAUUAAGGGAAAUAGAUACACGUGCUCAGUUGAAGUGAUUCCAAAGACAGAUUUGUUUUACUUUUGCAAGGAAUUUGGAAUAGUUGAGUUAGGUCAUGAGAAUAUAGUAGCUGUGGAAGCAAUGGAAGACAGCUGUCAAGAGCACAAUGGACCCUUCCCAACAGCUGCCAGUUUCUAUUGGUUGCCACUAAGAUGUUGUACUCUUCUAAAAAUGCAACAGCUGCCAAAAUCUGAAAAAAAUGCCUGCAGAUGUAGAAUCUGUAGUGUCCUUGCUGUUGUGAACAUAUCUGCAAUACUGUUCCUGAAGACUUGAUUAUUCCUUUUGAAGGAUUCAGCAAACAGAUAUCAGAAGACAAAGAUAAUACAGUUCUGGAAGAAAUGAUUUGCACAUUAUAUACUUGGAAGUUUUUUUCACCUAUCCUGCUAUUCCACACAUUGUAAGAGGCAAAAUCACCUAUAGAGAGUGUACUAAAUGAGAAGUGCAAUUUUUGAAUGCGUGAAUAAUGCUUGUAGACUCUUCCAGCAAUUAUGAUUCUGUGUUGUGAUGGAAUUAGAGAAAAUAGCAGUUUUUAUGAACAAGGUGUGAGCAAUGGUGCACAAACAUUUAUCAUUUCAAAACAUGAACAAGCCUUUGCUUAGUGAUGUAACAGAA